CUGUGUCAGUGGUAGGAUUGUGAUCUGAGAGUGAGGGUGUAGCUGGAGCCACUCAGUGGGUUACAGAUUUGAUCGCUCGCUGCCUUCAGAGGACCUUACUGAAGGGCAGUCAUGCGUCUGAUAGGAUCCACUGUCCUUCUCUCUGUCCUGCUGCAGGCUGUGUCUGCUCAGACAGAGGACUGGCAGAGGGCCACGUCUAUCUAUGACUUCUCAGCAUUGGAUAUUGAUGGCAAUUUGGUUUCCCUAGAAAAAUACAGGGGGAACGUUGUCAUCAUCACCAACGUUGCCUCUAAAUGAGGCAAAACCCCAGUAAACUACUCUCAGUUUGCGGAGAUGCACGCCAAGUACGCUGAGAGAGGUUUACGCAUCCUUGCCUUCCCUUCUAACCAGUUUGGGAACCAGGAGCCGGGCACUGAGGCUCAGAUCAAGAACUUCGCCCAGAGCUACAACGCUCAGUUUGACAUAUUCGGUAAGGUCGAUGUGAACGGGGCCAGCGCUCUUCCUCUGUGGAAGUGGCUGAAGGAGCAGCCCAACGGGAGCGGCUUAUUUGGAAAUAGCAUCAAGUGGAAUUUCACCAAGUUUUUGAUCGACAGACAGGGUCAGGUGGUGAAGAGAUACGGACCCCUGGAUGAUCCCAGCGUGGUGGAGAAAGAUCUUCCCAGAUACCUGUAAACACCUACCUGAUGAGUCAUGUCACCAUUUUGUCUUUCCAUCACCCUUGUAGCUCCUUUCUCUGCCUCUCCAAGCACCAGUGGAUACAGUCUGAGUCCACCCCAGACCAGUGACGGUCUGCUCAUAAACCCGCAUGCUGGGCAGAGCAGACCUGAUGAAAAUGGCGUGCAAACCUCCUGGGAGGAUUACCAAGCUUGUAUCCACUUGGCUCUGUGGAGAGAAAGACAAAUGGGCCCUAAAUGGAUCAUUAACUCUUUUAACAGAUUAAUGUGUGGCAUUGUUUUCAUAAUAAAACGCACUAAGAUUUUAUGCUAAUGA